UCUCUGCGGGAUUUCCACACAGCAGCAGCUAAUUGCUAACAACCGUGAACACACCAGGACACCGAGGGAAUCAAACUAGCGCUUUCCUCAGCCGGGAGACGUCUCAAAUCCAUCAAAAACUGGGAGAAAUGUACAAAUAACGAACGCGUUUAUUUGGAGCACUGUAUUUCUUCUCCUGCUCCAGGGCCGCUGAUGAGCCCCGUUUUUGGAGGGAACUUGCUGCUGAUUUGAAGGUAGGCCCCAUCCUCAGGCCUGGCUCCGCUGAAUGCCCCGGUUGCAUCGAUGCAGAUGAAUAAUGUUCUUUCUGUCGGUGACCAGCAGUCUUGACGGCAAACUCCAAUGCACCUGAUCCACACCGAGCCUCAAUACCAUCCUUACCAACUGCGGUGGCCCUCAAUCUCCUGAGCAUUCUGAAGAUUGGCAACGCCAUGUCCCAUCCCCUGUAUAACCCCUACGCUCCUGGGAAUCAAACUCCAUCCCAGGUGCAAUAUGGACUCUCUAGCGUACAGACGCAGAGGGAUCCUCGGAAGGCAUCGAAUCUCCUGGGACCUGGACCAAGUCUCAAGCCUUCUGGAGCUGCUUUUGUAGCUGUUGGGACACCUGGGGGAACUAGGCCAGUAAUCUACAGCCCUGAACCAAAUCGGAAAGCAGAACACAAGAACUCGAUGAGUUUUGUAGACUUGCAUAUUAACAAAGCAAGGGGGGAGCAUCAAACAUCAAACAUGAAGCAUCAAACUUUAGGCCAAGGUGUUCCUCUUACCAACACUCAGAGAGACUGUUUUCCAGCCUCAAGCACAAGGGUAACCUCCUUUCCGACAUCCUCAACUUCUCAAGGAAAUCAAAACUGUAAUGUUGGCAGUGGUUCCUUGGACUGGCUCCCUCUCUACAAAAGGACCACAGAGGGUAAAUCCUCAAAAACCUUUACAUCUGCUUCAUCUGACUAUCAAAGCGGUGGUGAUGGCAGUUUUAAUGCCUCCAAAGGACAAUCUGAUACGCCGUCCAUUCCAGGUCUAGGUGAUUUAGGUGAUCCACUGCCAGAAGAAUCAACCCUAUCUAUCGGGUCCAGUCACCCACAGUACACUUCAAAAUCAGCCCUCAAUGUCCUCUGGCAACUUGGAAUUGAAAUGGACGACUUGAAAUAUCUCCUUGCAUACCCCGAAGAUCAGAUCACCCCCGACAGUCUGCCAUCAAUCUUGAGACAGAUCCGCAUGCAGAAGGCCAAGGACGCUACCGCCGGAGUGCCGUCAGCAACCUGCUCUGGACCUAAACCCGCCACAAGCACGACUGGAAUGGAGAGACUAGGUUCCUCCAGAGAGGGAGGGAAAGGCCAGGGAGAAUUAAAACAACCAAUUCUUAAACCAAAUAAAGUUAUUGAUUAUGGACAUACUGGGAAGUACAAUGCAGCGGUUGGAGGGAACUUUGAAAGAACUGUUGGGGGUAGCACUAAGAGCGAUGGGAAAAGGUGCUUUUUGUUGGACAGUGGAGACGCCCUGCAACAAAGCACAACACAGGUGAAAAGUGGUGCCUUGGUUUCUUCUCGUGACCAGAACAGUUCUGCUACCAGUUUCAGCUCAUUCAAGAAGCCCCAGGCGUCUGCAGAUACUCCUCCGACCGGACAAAUGCAGAGUCGUCCAAACCAGACUUCACAACCAGUCUUAAACACCGCUCCUUUGUCAAACAAAGACGCAAACCUAAGAUGUCUCACGUCUCAAGUUUCCAGACCUGUCCCGUGGAAACGACCAGAGCCGGAUCCCCAAUCGGCCUUAACCCAAACCCCUGUCCUGCCGAAAGUAAACCAACCGUCCUGCACCCUGUACCGUGGGAUCCACCCGGGUCGUCCUGGCCUGGUACUCAUUGGAAGUAAUGACAACCAUUGCAAGAUUGGUCAGAAUAAAACUCAAGGACAAGCAUCAAACAUGAUUCUGGAGAUGAAAAAGCAGCAACCACAGAGUCAACAACUGCCCCAUCAACCGAAGCAGCCGCCGUUGCAGAUGGGGCAGCCUUUACACCUGAGACCCUUCACUGCCGUGAAGCCCAUGCCCCAGACUUGUGUUGGCCCCGGUCCCAUCGCCCGGCCUCCGGGUCAGCCGUUCUCAGGUCUGACCAAAGCCACGCCGCCUUCCAGUCAGCUGUUUCCAGCUCAGGGGGGGGUGAGCGGAGACCUGCCCACCCGGGCCAUGAUGCAGGACUAUGCUGCCACCACGCCAAGGACAUUUCCUCAUACCUGUUGUCUUUGUAACAAAGAGUGUACCAGUAUGAAGGACUGGCUGUCGCACCAGAACAUCAGCUCUCAUCUGGAGAACUGCAAACUCCUCCGGACCAAAUACCCGGCGUGGAACGGUGAGUUUCAUCCAUUGCCACGGGGAGCUGGUAAAGAUGCCAAGCCUCCAACCUCAGCUCCCGCCAAGGCUCCCCAGAGUCGCUACCAGAAAACCAAAGACGAGAGCCACUCUCGCUCGCACAGUCCUCCCUGCCAGCGGGGAUCCAACGAUUGGAGGCAGAAACGCGACAGCAGAUCUCGCUCACGCAGCCCUCGCCCGUGGAAGAGGGAAAAACCCGACAGCAGAUCUCGCUCACGCAGCCCUCGCCCGUGGAAGAGGGAAAAACCCGACAGCAGAUCUCGCUCACGCAGCCCUCGCCAGUGGAAGAGGGAAAAACCAGACAGCAGAUCUCGUUCCCGGAGCCCUCGCCAGUGGACCAGGGAUAAACGCAGCAGCCGAUCACGAUCCAGAAGUCCAGUUUACCACCGCGGCUCGGGGGGAAGAUGGGAACAACAGUUUAGACGUUCACGCAGUCCCCGCCGCCACUAUGAGCCAGAGAACAGGAGAGAGACGUGGAGCAGGAGAUCGCCGUCGCCGCAUAACUUCAGAUACGAUCGCAGGUCUCGGUCUCGGUCCGUCUCUCCGCCGUACGACUCGUCGAGCUCCUCCCACUACGAACCGCGGUCCAGGAGUCAGGAGAGACGGCUCUCGCCCAAGAGGAGAGUGGAGAAGCGGCUCUCGCCCUGGAGGAGUCACGAGCAGCGAGCGUCUCCGAGAGGCCUGGACCAGCGGCCGCCGGCAACCAGAGGCCACGAGAGACCGUCCACCUCGGAGGCGGCGCUGCCGCCGCGAAGGAAGCCGACCAACGCAGACAGACUGGCCAAGAAACUGCUCAAGACAUCAGCCGUGCAGUCCCUGUCCAACCAGUCGGACCUGGUGAAAGCUGUGGUCGAGUCUCUGGCUCCCGCCUUAGUGGCCGAGCUUUCUAAAAUGACCUCGGCCUCCUCCGCUGCCUCGACGCCGUCGUCCUCCAAACCGGUGAAGGACGAGGCCUCGUCUAAAUCCACCAAAGCAAAGCCGAGCCACCAGAAGAGCAGGACCAGCUCUUCCACCAAGCUGAAGUCGAACAAACCUUUGCCUGCAAGCAUCCUGAAGCUCAAGAGCAUCUACGGUUUUACCUCUCAAGACGAAGUGCUCUCUGCCAUGGAGAAGUUUGGCAAAGUCAAGUCGGUGGUGUUGCACAAGUCCAAGCCGGAGGCCAUCGUGCGUUUCAAGAGGGCGGAAGACGGAGAGACACUGAAGAGCUUAAAGGGUUUUAAAAUAAGUGGAUUGCCGAUUAAAGUGGUCAGAGUGAAGGUUGCUAGUUCCACAAAGUCUCACGCGACGAGUCGCUUGAAGCCUCAGCACCAGAGGUGCUCCACAUCUGGAAGGUUCCCAACGGGACGUCAAGUCUCGCUUGGGACGAAGGGAAAACCGCUGCGCGUCCGAUCCGCCGUGCUCCUGGUGGGACCCAGGCCGAAGUCCUCCGUAACACUUGCAUCAAGAGUGCAUGCUGGACCGUCUCGAGAAGCCAGAGUCUCCUCCGCCCCGACGGUUUCCUCCAGGAAAGUUAAAACAACUUUAACUUCAGCUUCUGGAGUCAGAAAAACCACAAAAGACACGAAAGCUAAAGUCUCUGCUUCAACAGCAAAAACUGUCCCGACCAAGCCGCCAGUCAAAACGCUGAAAACCAGCAACGUUGCUGGAAAAGUUGCUGGAAAAGUAACCGCCAAACCAGUAAAAAUAAUUCGAACUAUUUCAGGAUACAAUAAGUCACAUAUCCCAGAAAAGAAGGGCGUUUCUGGUGCCUGUAAACAAAAGCCAAGUCCUAUAAAGUUUGAAAUCACCACUGAAGAGAGGAAGAUAACCCUUGAAGAGACAGUCGUGGCUCUCAAACCCUCAAAUACGCCUGUUAGGGAACCAGGCAAAGACGAAGUCAGGAAGGUUCCAGCUCCAAAAGCAGAACCUAAAACCGAAGCUGGGACUUCAGCUGUCGCUGUGAAGCAGGAAAAGGUGGAAGUAACCGUAGCAACGGUGGAAAAUGAUGAGACGAAGCCUCCAGAAUCAGAAGAUGCUGCCGGUUGUGAAACGAAGCCGCCGGCAGGACUCGUCAAGGUUGAGACGACUGAAGUCAGAGAUCAGACGGAGGUCGGGGAGUCGCGGGGGGCAGAACCCGCCGGACCUGGAGGUUCUGGUGAGGCUGAAGGACAGGAGGGGGUUGAUACCAACACCUCACCAGGGAAACCCGGCCAGAGUCCUCCGUCCCUCCCUGCUACGUCUCCGCUGAAGCUGGAUCCAGCUGAGAGAGCAGCUGAAGACCCGCUGGACGCUUCAUCACGGCUCCAGCAGAACCUGCAGGUCCAGGAACCAGAACCUGCUACGGAGACGACGGAGACAAACACAGAGCAGCAAGGUCCCGGGGCUGAUGGGAAAACUGAGGAAGGUGUUUCAGCAGCGUCACCUGAAGCAGCAGAGCAGCGGCAGACGGAGGCGACGGCAUCAUCCGGAGCUGCUGUUGCCCCCCCGACAGCUGAGGGGGAGAUGGAGACGCCCCAGAACCCAGAAGAGACCAGUCCAGUCCAGAUGGAAACCAGCGGCUCAGCAGAGGUUCAGGAUGAAAUGAAAGACGUCUUUGACGAGGACGGUUUCAACCUGGAGGACUUUGUCACCGUUGAUGAAAUCGUUGAGGAGACGGACGAGACGCCUGCUGACCAAACCUCCUCCUCCUCGUCUGAAAACACCUCAAAAUCAGGAUCAGAAACCAGGUGUUCCUCAGGGCUGACGCCCGGGGCUCCUGAGGGAGACGUCCAGGUGGACACUCUGAUCCAGCAGGGAGAUGCUGCUGAUGAGGAUCCGGUUGGAGAUGGAGGGUUCAAAGGUCAGCAGCCGUUCCAGGGAGACGCUGCUCCGGUCAUCAAUCAGUCUGAUCGAUCGGCAGGAGAAGAUGCAGCUGAUCACAGUACUGAGAAAACUCCAGGGGGAGUAAAACCAGACCAUGGACCUUCAGAGGAAUCCUGCCAGACCUCCGGAGAUGGAGCUCCGCUGUCUCAUGAGGAAAACCACGAAGAAAGAGAAGAAGAAGAAAAAGAAGUGUCUGUAAAGGUGGAUUCAGCUGAUCCGACCGUAACAGAAGGUGGAGGCCAGGAACCUGGAAUAACUGGAAUAACUGGUGACCAGGAACCUGGAAAAACUGGGGACCAGAUCUCCACCGCAGACGUGUACCAGGUCCUCGACUCCCUGGAGGAUCAGUCAGCAACCACUGAGAUGACGUCAGCAGCCGACAACCAGGAGAAUGAUGGGAAAACUCCAACAGAAGAAGGACCAACCAGGAGGAGCCAGUCCAGGACCAGAAGCUCCAGAAGUAAAGAGAAGUCUCCAAAGAAGCAGGACAAAACAGUUAAGAAAUAUGCAACACGGUCGAAGAGCGGCGCUACAGGAAACGACCAAAACACUGAAAACUCAGAAGAGAUGGUGUUUGAAGUGGUUGAUUCCGUUGAGGAUGAAACCGUCCAAACGUCUGCGAGGAGAAGAACCUCUAGAGGGAUGGAGGACGACGAAGCUGCAGCAGGAAAAUCAGCAAUCGUGACGAGAUCCAGAGGAAGGAAAGUGAUGGAGAAAAUAAAGACGGGGGAGUCUCCGACGACGAGGAGAAAUUCACUGAAACGAAAAGUAGAAGAGAGCACACCAACGAAGGAGGAGGAGGCCACGUAUGAAAUACUGGACGCCGUCGACGAAGACGAGGCUGCGGCGGAAGAAAAGCCGAGGAGAGGAAGACCGAAGAAAACCGCUAAGAAGCAGCAAACGUCGGCAGCGAGGAACAAAGCUGCUGCUGACGACGAAGAGGAGGAAGAAUAUCAGAUUCUGGACUCGGUGGAGGACGAGGCGGUGGACAGUCAGACUCCCGUCACGGAGACGGAGAAGGACGGAGACGGGAAACCCGAGACGGGAACCCAGUCCCCCGUAAACGAGGAGGAAGAGGAGCCCGUCUACCAGAUAGUAGAUUCUCUGGAGGAGGAUCCGGUCCAGGAGGAGCCGACGAAGAGCGAAGGACGUCCAGUGAGAGACGAAGCAUCUGUCGUAGCGGCAUCAACGAAUCAGACAAACGCAACCGGAACAGGAGCCGACGACUACGAGGAAGUGAGUGAGGAAGAGGAGGAUUACGCCACCUAUGAUACAGCGGAGGAAGAGGAGCUGAAGAGAAGACAGGCUGCUGCUGCUGAAGAGCGAGAGAAGAGCCAGGAGGAGAGGAGGAGGAGGGAGGAAGGUGGAGGAUACAGCGAUGGCCGAGGACCAGGGAGGGAGGAGAUCCAGGAGAUGCUGACCCUGGACGAGGUGGGGGGGGACGAGGAGGGAGAGGAGGCCGAGCUGCAGGACUUCAUCACGCUGGACGAGAUCAAUGACGAAGAGCCCCCUCCACUCGGCCAGGAGAGGCAAUCUGAGGCUUUUCCAGCUUUAGUUGAAGAAAAGAAAACUUCAAGAUCUGCAAAACGUAAACACGAGGAUGAUGAUGCAGACCAGGAGUUUGUGGUUCCUAAGUCUGGGUUCUUCUGUAACCUGUGCUCCGUGUUCUACCUGUACGAGAGCACUUCGGAGGAGACGCACUGCAGCAGCCGGGAGCACUACGACAACCUGCAGAGAUAUUACCAGGAGCUCCGCGGGGAGAGGUCAAGGUUACGCCUCUGAUGCAGAAGGGAAGGAAAAGCCCCGAUAUUGAGCAUCGUGAACCGGGAUGCGUCUCACAUUUACACCGGGAUCAAUAUCUCUGAUCCAAACUACCUCAGUAAAGAGUCACUUUGUGCCAGAUUUUGAAGCAAAGCUUAGUUCCACUGAAGGAUUUGCUCUUAGCAGUUUAUUAUUUACACGUUGUAAAAGUUCUGUUCAUAUGGGUUGUUUUUAGAUGACGGUUCAGUGUUGGAGAAGUUCUGUGCCUCUUGUUGUUGUUUUUAAUAAACAAUAAUCAAAACCUGUGAAUCACGUGGUCCUGAUUCUUUAUGUGGAGUUGAGUUUUAUUAGUUUGG